GGAAUCUACCAAACGUCACGACCUCAGGAGCGACGCCUCGAUCCGGAAUGACUUUUAGACCACCCUCCAGGACGGGGAGGGCGCCUCAUGCCGUUAGGACAAGGGCUAAAGGGCCAGUGAGUCCCGAAGAACCAGCCAAGGAUGUUCCUGAACCCAGUGGAGAGAAAGAGGUAGUGGACGUUCCAGAAGGAGAGGAUGACGAAGAUGAUAAAUUAAGGAAGGAAGAGGAUGAGAGGGCCGAGCAAAGGGCCAAGAAGAGGGGUGCCAAGCCUGAUACAGACAAAGCACAAGAAGUAAAGAAGAAGAAGUACGCUGUCAGGGUGGAAGAAGGCUUCGAUGUGGAAGAGAUAAUGGACAGGAUACUCGAAGGUCAUAAUCAUCUUAUGAACCUGAAGGAUGUCCUGGCCUCAGCGCCUAGACUUAGGGAUGAGUUAAGAGCGAGACUAUCUAGGAAGAUGGUCGCCAGCAUACGAUUGGGGACUAUAAUCCCUAAGGAGGCUGAGUGGGCUGAAACGGGUACUAAGAUGGACUGGAAGUUUGUCGCCUGUGGCUGCCUCGACGUCGUGGUAAAAGGAAAGACGUGCACCGCAAUGGUGGACAGUGGAGCGGAAAUGAACCUCAUAAAGGAGGAACAUGCAAUACGGCUGGGAAUGGAGAUAGACCGCUAUGACAACGGGGUUUUGAUGGGGGCCAAUAGCCGAUCGAUAUUCAUUAGGACCGCAUCGUCAGUAAUAUUGGAAAUCGGAAAGGUGAAAGUAAGGAGCUGCUUCUUUGUGAUGCCUGACUUGGACCACCCUAUUCUACUUGGGAGAUCGUUCCUAAGUCGGACAGAGACGGUCAUCCUCAACAAACACGAUGAAACUAUGUUCCUUGUCCUGUGUGACCCCGUAUGCGAGAACUACGAGGUCAUCACUUGCAAGAACACAGGACCCAAGAGCGUAAGGAACCGGCCCAACCCCGGUUUGUUUACGAUUGAAGAGUCAGAAGAAGAAAGGCUAAGGAUCGAAGCCAGCAAGUAUGAAGAGAGAAGAGAGCCAGAGGCGCUGACUCUAAGCUUGGCGAACAUAGGCGAUGCUAUGGACAUAGUGUCAACCUAUGGGAUGGAGGACCCCGAGGCUGUGGAGGCCUUGAGAGAGAAGGUAGUGGAGCAAAUGGGUGCAGGAGACAUGAAAUUGGUAUAUCGAACACCUGAGAAGGCGCUGAUCAUAGGGGAACCUGACUUUCUUACGGCGCAGGAGGAGAAAUUUAUUGUGGACACCAUAAGAGGAAGGCAUGCUGCAUAUGCCUUCAGUGAUGAUGAGAGAGGCCGACUGGAUGUGGAUAUUAUCCCAAUGAUUAGGAUACAUACCGUACCCUACGAAUCGUGGAACUUGCGAGGUGCGCGGUAUCCUAAUCCCGCUGACAAAGAGAAGGUGGUCAACUACCUUGAUGGGAAGAUCCGCACUCAUGUGGCAGAUUACUCGAGCGGACCGUAUGCAUCCCCAUGGUUUUGUUUUGUCAAACCCAAUGGGAUACUGAGGUGGGUACAGGACUUGCAGCGCCUGAACGCGGUGACAGUGAGAGACGCAGGUGGUCUCCCCAACGUUGAUGCGCUUUCAGAGGCAUUCGCCGGGAGGGCCAUCAUAUCACUCGUUGACUUGUAUUCAGGCUAUGACCAGUUUCCUGUGUACCCGUCGGACAGACCUAUGACAGCUAUGCAUACCCCUCGAGGGUUGAUCCACAUGAACGUCGCACCGCAGGGGUGGACGAAUGCGGUCGCUAUGGUCCAGCGACACAUGGUGAGGGCGAUGCAGCCCAUAAGUCCUCACAUCACGCAACCCUACAUUGAUGAUCUGGCCGUGAAAGGGCCCAAAGAGAAGGACGAGCAGGAGGUGGUGUCAGGAAUCAGGCGCUUUGUGUGGGAUCAUGUGCAAGACUUGUGCAAGGUCCUGGAUCUCUUGAAGGAGUAUAACCUCACUGCCAAGACACACGCAGGGCCAACCGCGCUGGGAGGUGUGUUAAUCCAGCGAGAUCCCAAUAGGGAGAAACGACCACUAAGGUUUGAAAGCCGGACGCUCAAUACGUCUGAAAGGAACCACUCUCAGUUCAAGCGCGAAACCUUGGCGGUUCUUCACUGUUUGAGGAUCUUCAAAAACUACCUCUUUGGCAAUAGGUUCGUAUUGAGGGUGGACGCUACGGCAUUGGCUGACUAUCUCAAGAACUUCGCUCCUUCAGACCCAACCAUCGCAAGGUGGCUGAUGUACAUCUGGAUGUUCGACUUCGAGUUGGAGCGAAUUCCUGGGACCAAGAAUAAGGCAGACGGGCUGAGCCGAGUCGACUGGGACAAGAACCAUCAAGGAGUGAUCGAGGACACUCCCCCAGUCGACGGGUUCCUGGACAGUGAGGAGGAUGUGAGACUUCACAUCAACUCUUGGGCAUUGGCUGUAGGUAAGUAUGUUACUCCUAGGCGGCCCGUGUGGCUUGCGCCUCCAGGACAUGUGCGAUGGCCAGACUUGGUCCUCAAACCUUAUAUUGAAGAGGAUUCUUGGGGGAUGUCGGGCGUAGGUUGGAUGAUGGAGCUGGCCUUAGCUGGCAAGUACGAGCUGCAGGAAGACCCACUUACAAUUGAAAAUGAGGCGCUACAGGACCUCGAGACUGAUCUGACCUUUGAGGAACUGCUGGAUUUGAGGGCACGACAGAUCGACGCUAUUGAGGACAGGAUUGAGGAGGCAGCAAGUAGGACUGCGGACAGCCGUACCAAGGACAAGUUCAGGUGGGAUAAGAUGGCGAAAGUGAGAAAGGAGCCUCUCAAGGUGGGAGAUGUUGUGCUAUUGUAUGACUCAUCCCUGGAAAAACAGUGGUCUCGAAAGUUGGACAAGAGGUGGCUGGGACCCUAUAGGGUCACUAGGUGUGGAGAACACAAAGCGUAUCAAAUUGAGGAGCUAAAUAGGACGACAUGGAAGGAUUGGUUGUCAGGCUCGAGGCUGAAGAAGUUUGUGGCUCGAGACGAGGCAGGAGAGAGGAGAGGUGUGGAAAAAAGAAGAAGGGAACCUGAGACAGAGGCAAGGGGAACCUUUGAGCAGGGCGCGUCACCAGGGACUCAGAGGGAGGAAAAGGUGAAGGAACACAAGUCCUACAGGCAAGAGGGGGCUGAGGGAGUAGGGGGUCCAGGCGCACCUCCACAGCCUACUCAGAGGAAGGUGGACCACCCUAUGCUAGAUAUGGAGUCGGACGUGCCUCAGGGGCCACAAGUGCAGGAACAGAGAGUGGAACCGUCUGCUGAUGAAAAGGAGCUGGACAAAAAAGAGAGGGCAGCAAGGGAGCUGGAGAUCAGGACUCAACUCCGAAUGAAGAAUCUUGCAGAGUUGCAUGAGAAGAUGCAGCAAGGAAAGGCGCCUGAGGAGGUGGAGGGCAGAAAAGGAAAGGGUACCUGCACUCAGGAGGAGGACCCUCCUCUGUUCUCAGAGGUCUGGAUGGGCUUCGAUAAGUUGAUGGACGCCACAGGAAGAUCAGGUGGACAACAUCAGGAGAUGGGGGUUAAGUUGGUCUCUACAGACCUGCUCAACCUAAGGAGCGUGAUGAAAGAAGGCUUCGCUGCAGCCAGAGCAUCAAAUCUGAAGAUUGGGGACAGACUGACGAAAGUGGCACGGAAGGCUUAUGGCCAGAGGGUGGACCGGGAAAGAAAGGCUGGGGACCUGAAGAGGGAACUGGACAGACAGGGCAAAGAGUUGACAGCAGUAAACGCAGAAAUGGAGAGAGUAUCAGCAGAAAAUGAGGCCGUCAGACAAGUCAACCAGACCCUUAACAAGGGCCUAUUUGUGUGCACAACUGACCUUCUUCCAGAGGUCCAAAAGUUCGAAAUCAGGGAACAACCUGCAGAGGAGGUCUUCAAGAAGGAAAAGGAAGUGGAGAAGGCAGACCAGCAGGAGGGUGAGGAGAUCCCUUUGAUCGACAAAGAGGUGUUGGAGCGGCCAGGAAUACUUGUGGAAAAGGGUGCAGGGGUCGGAGAGUUUGAGUGGGGGUUACCUACUGGCCUGACACUGGGACACGAGCCGACAGUACCACAGGAGGGACCACCAGUUGAGGCAAUGGGAGUUGAGGAGGUUCCACCUACUAUUCGAAAAGAGACUGUGGGAUAGCAGGAGGGUCAGGAAAGUGUGGGCCAGACCAUGGUUGAGACUGAGCAGAGAGUGGACCUGAGGGACUGUCAGGAGUCAACCAUGCUUCAGGAGGUGUCAGUUGCUACAGAUUUACGAGGUGUACUGGGAUCUUGGGCCAUUGGGUCAGGGCCAGAGGAGCGAGUUGGGGAGCAGGUGUUACGGGCAGGUGAUAGAGCGGUCUGCCCCACUU